AUGGAAGAGAGAUCAAAAUGUUUGCAAAUAGAAGUAGAAGAGGAGGUCCCAACUUUACUGAGAAAAGCCACAACAGAAGAAACGGCUGGCUCUGACAGUCACAAAGAGAAUCGUCCUCCUCGUCCUCGCUACAUCAGUCGUUUUCAUCCUGCUCAUGCCUCCACCUCUAAUUUGAAUGGUCUAGAAGCUCAUCAAAGCUACAAUGUGGAUCUCAAAGAGACUACACCAGGGAUGACGAUCAAUCAUCAAAGGAAGACAUCACUUCCAGUGCCAACCUCACCAAGUGAUCUCAUGAUCGCUCAUCCUACAUCUUUAUCUUCCAAUAACAGCGGUGGGUCAGCUGGAAAAUCCGUUAAGUUCCUCUCUCAGCCCGUGACCAAAGUCCCAUCCCUCUACAUAGAAACGAGCAAAGAUAGUGAUGAUGAUAGUCUUCGCUAUGAUAAUCAUGAACAUCAUCAUCAGCAUCAGCAUCAACAUCAUCAUCAGCAACAUAACCAGAGCGGCCAACUUCAAAAUCAAAAGCAUGCGUCGCAUAAGCUUAAGGAUCAAAGGUACAACUCAUUCAAGACUUGGUCAGGGAAACUCGAGAGACAAUUCACAAGAAAACCUAAUUCUAUACCGGAGACACCACACCGGGCUAAGGAACAUUUAAAUACUAAUGAAGCCAUGCCUGUGGACCGAUACUUUGCUGCCUUAGAAGGUCCUGAACUGGAGACUCUCCGGUCUCAAGAAGAGAUUGUUCUACCCAGUGAACAAACAUGGCCAUUUCUUCUCCGCUUCCCAAUAUCCACCUUCGGUGUGUGUCUUGGAGUGGGCAGCCAAGCCAUGAUGUGGAAAACCCUAGCCACUGCGAAGCCAACAAGGUUCCUACACGUAUCCCUCUGGGUACACCGGAGUCUUUGGUUCAUCACGGUCGCAUUAGUUCUCAUCAUUGCCACUAUUUACCUCCUCAAAAUCAUCCUCUACUUCGAAGCCGUACGCCGAGAAUACUACCAUCCCAUCAGAAUCAACUUCUUCUUCGCGCCUUUCAUUUCAUUACUCUUCUUAGCCCUAGCGGUCCCACCUUUCAUAGUUAAAGACUUGCCACAGUUCGUUUGGUACGUUCUCAUGUUUCCUUUCAUCUGUCUCGAGCUCAAGAUUUACGGACAAUGGAUGUCGGGUGGUCAACGCAGGCUCUCCCGAGUGGCCAACCCGACCAACCAUCUCGCAAUCGUUGGGAACUUUGUAGGGGCGUUGCUUGGUGCAAGAAUGGGCCUUAGGGAAGGACCAAUAUUUUUCUUCACAGUUGGGAUGGCUCAUUACUUGGUCCUGUUUGUGACAUUGUACCAAAGACUACCGACCAAUGAGACUUUGCCUAAAGAUCUUCACCCUGUGUUCUUCCUUUUUGUUGCCGCUCCAAGUGUUGCUUCCAUGGCUUGGGCUACGAUCACUGGCUCCUUCGCUUAUGGCUCCAAAGUCUGUUACUUCACUGCCAUGUUCCUCUAUAUCUCCUUGGCUGUUCGGAUUAAUUUCUUUCGUGGAAUCAAAUUUUCAUUGUCUUGGUGGGCAUAUACAUUUCCAAUGACCGGGGCUGCAAUUGCAACCAUCAGCUAUGCAGCAGUAGUGAGGAACGCUAUGACUAAAUUCCUGUGUGUGAUCCUUUGUGCCAUUGCGACACUAGUCGUUUUCGCACUGCUCGUGACCACCAUCAUCCAUGUCUUUGUCCUUGGCGAUCUUUUUCCUAAUGACAACGCCAUAGCCAUCAGCAACCGCCCAAGAUCCAAACAGACUAACCACCGGUGGCUCGAGCAGUUUAGAGACCUUAGCUCAGAGACCAUCGAAAACUACUUGAAAUUCGCAGACUCUGACAGUAAUAUUGAUCUAGAAGCUGCCAUUGACAAAAUUCAAGAGAAUAAUUCGGCACAAUAA